UGAUGACGUUUAUUUCUGAGGGACGAUAGUAAGACAGACUGUGCGCAGUAUGGUCUAUAUAUCAGUAACGUCCAUAAAAGCGUGGUGAAACCCUGCUCUGAACAAUUCUUUGUUAAACUUCAAGCGCAUAUUCCUUGUCCAAUUAUCUGCUAUCAACUCUUUAACAGCUUUAUACCUUAGGUACAGAAUAUCGUUGAGAAUAUCAUCAUGGUCGGCACCUACGCAAGUCCUGGUGUUUAUGAGCAUGGCGACCAGGUCAACUAUCCCCGAGCGGCUAUAGUAAAUGAAAAUAAGCAUCAUAUAAGCAAUGCCCUGGGUUAUAUGCCUAAGGAUCAAAACAGAGCAAUGGCCCAAAUGAUCGAGGAGGAUACCCAGGAAGAGAUUGCUGAGCGAUAUAAGCACGAUCCUACUUACAGCGCAACAAUGAAUGGACACGAGCCUUCACGGGGCGCAAAAGUUGACGCCGAUAUCAAGCGGGAGGAAGAAGAGCUACUAAAAAAGAAGAAAGAGAAAACUGAUAGUCUGCCAGGGAAGAAACUUUAGUUUGGAACCGUGUGAUAUAGUCUGGGUAUGAUGGGUCUGUCACCUCGCCCGGUGCUUCGGGGAGAGCGCGUAUUUCUGGGACGCGUGUACGAGGAAAAAAAGGGGGGGCCUUGUACCGUCGAGACUGAUACGGUGGUAUGAGAAUCUAAGAGAAACAGAGUAUUGGAGAAACUCGAUGCCGGCUGGUGCGACUUUACUACCGUUAUCAUAGGUCAAAGGAAGCCGCUCUAGGCUGUAUUAUGUCUAGCUUCUCUACACAUUUAUAGUAACUUAUGAAUGAGAGGUAGUUAUAUAAUGUAAACAAAGCCUCAUAAUUGUA